UCCAUGUGCCGCAGGAAGCAGCCCUAGAAAAGGCAAAAAGACAAAAGAAAAAAAAAUUAAUUACUUCAAUAGUGUCCUUCCCAAGGCUGACCAUUUAAGGACCAUCUUCUAUACAUGUCUAGUUGUGGGUUAUCACUGAGUCAAAAACAAUCCCCACUAUAAAUAGAGCUCUCCAUCCACUUAGUCAGUGUCCAAUCCAGAGUAAAUCCUUCAAGAAAGGAAUGAGAGAGGAGAAACUGUCCAGAAAGUGAGAGACAGGAAGCCAGGUCUUGGCACAAAUCUUUAAGAAGUAAUGACAGGACUAAUCCAGAGAGUAAUGUGAGAUUUCUGUAGGGAAUAGCAAAUAAUUUCAGGAGGAAUCUUCCCCUGCAAAAGGAGAAACAUGAGAUGAAAAUAGGGGGAAACUGAGGCCCAGGAUGGUAGUGUUCAUGCAGAUGAGGUGAGUGAUCAGAAGAGGAACCCAGGAUGGGCAGAGAUGGGGACAAUAGGAAACAAGAACAGAAUGAGACAGGGCUGGGUGUCUCGAGGAGAGAACUGAGGCUGGUGCCUGCUAACUGCCACUCCCUGGAUCCUUAGGUCCUCAUAGGGACCUUUGCCCCACCACACCCCAAUCCUGAUAGCCUGUCUCUGCCAGGACAAGUUCGUUGGCUGCUCUGAGCUACCAAGCCCCGCUAGGAGCUCCAGGCUCAGCUGGGACCCAUCCCUUUGGAGCAGCUGCUUCAGACUAGGCUGGGAAGUACCGAGCUCUCGUGGUCAAGGAAGCCAUGGAGGAGAGAGCUGGUCGUCUGGAAAAGCUACAGCACUGGGCGAGGCACAGGCAGAGUGGGCACCUCUUGGUGCUGGCGGUGAGCCAGCUAUGGCUGGCAGUGGCUGUGGUGCCCUUUGCUAUCUCAGUUGCCUGCCUGAACUCUGCUUGUCACAUGGCCACAGCACUGCCACUUGGGCCUGGAGUACUGGGUUUCCUCACUGGGAUUGUUACCCUUGAGCUGCGCAGAGCACCCCGUUUCUGGAAGGUGCGUGCCAUGAUGAUAUUCAACCUCUUCAAUCUGAUCUUGGGCUUCAUCGCGUUGGUGAUUGAGGUGAUGAAGACAGCCUUGAUGUCUGCCCCAAAUAUCCCCUCCCAGCUAGAGGGCUUGCUGGUGCUUGAGCUCAGCGCUGAAGCCUUCACUCUAGGGGGAGUGCUGGUCUCAGCAUACUCCCUGAUCCUGCUGAGCCAGAGGAAGCGAGGAUGCUGCAGGAGCCAGAGUCUGCACUACCAGGAACUGCAAGAGGGUCUCUCAGAGUUGGAGGAAGUUCCUGAUUUGGAGAAUGGUCCCACCGUGACUAGCACAGCAAACAGAACGAAUGAGUGAACUGGCAAGGGGAAGAGUACAGGUGCUGCUCUCCUACCCUACAGAAGCGUUCUCCAGACACUCCUGCACCCCAUCCCCACAGAACUCAAACUAGAUGGAGUCCCUUAAGACUUAAAAAGGAGUUCCCUUGGUGGCUCAGCAGUUAACGAACCCAAUUAGGAUCCACGAGGAUGCAGGUUUGAUCCCUGGCCUUUCUCAGUGGGUUAAGGAUCUGGUGUUGCCAUAAACUGUGAUGUAGGCCCGUAUGUGGCUGGGAUCCCACGUUGCUGUGGCUGUGGCCUAGGACCGCAGCUGUAGCUCCGAUUCUACCCCUAGCCUGGGAACUUACAUAUGCUGCUGGUGCGGCCCUUAAAAAAAAAAAAAAAAAGACCUACAAGACGUUUGGUGGAGUGCCUUCAAUUUUCAGUCAGACCAGGGCCCCAUUCUUUUCCCUUCCCUUCUGGAGACAGCAAUACCCAGACCAAGUCUUCCAUCACCUCACUACCCUAAAAAUCUGCCCGCCUGCAAGAUAUCCUUAAACAGCUAUCAGCUAGACUGAUUUCCUCCCAUCUGUCCUUACCCUCCUUCCAACUUUUCUUUCCUUCCCACUGCCUCCCAGUACAGCUUCACAUUUGCCUCAUCUCACUAUUUCCAAGAUUUCCAACUUUCACAGUCCCAACCACUCCAAACCCGGGUUUCCGUACACGCCUACUCUCUGAAGUCAAUUCACUCGUGCUUUAGUUCUCAGUCAGAGGCGGUUCCUUUCUACUCUAGCGGAGACUACAAGUCCCAGGAUGCCCCGCUGCCCCGUGGCCUGCUGGGAAAUAAAGAGCCUUUCCUCCGCGGUGGGGGCGCUGUGCAUCUGCUGAGUGACGCCAAGCGCUGGAAGUCAGGGCCUAGCCGAGAGUUUCCUCGGACGCGACCACUGGCCCCGUGUGCAGGGAGGAGCCGGGCGGGCUAUUCUGAGAGGGGCCGCCACCACCCCAAUCUCGGUAACUGAGAGUUGACUGUGGGUCCACAGUCCUCCCUCUGACAGCUUCGGAGACGGGCAGGGGCGGAGGGCUGGCCCUCAGCAGAGCUGGGGUUUCCACAGAUGUUGUCGCCGUGCCCCCUCCCACAGUGCCCAGGUUCAAAGUCCUGAGACUUGGAGCGCGCGCGAGAAAGGGGUUGGAGAUGAUGAGUCAGAAGCCCAGGGCCCUUUUCAUCCCCCUCCCCCCGGGCCUAGGCGCCUGAGGAGGACGGGCUGGCCAGACGGGUGGAUGGGGCAGGAAGAGGAGGGACACGGCGACCCGACCUAAGGCUUUCCCGCCUCUUGCGAGCACGCCGGUGUAACGAGCCCGCGUCGCCGCCACCCUUUCUCUCCAAGGCGGGAGCGGGACUGCGCAGGCUCAGCCUCUCAGCAGCCCCGCCGACCUUCGAUCCCGGCUGCUGAGGUGCGGUUGCUGAAGCUCUGGUUGCGCUCAACCCCCACCGUUUAUGACCUUUGCAAAUGUGCAAAGAUGACGAGCUCAGGUGGGCUUGAGAAAAGCCCAGGAAAACUGGGAGCACCCAGUUGUACCAGCCCGACAGCUUACUAGCCGCUAGAGAAACUAGAAGUUGACCAGAGCUGCAUUACUAUGAGAACUCACCCCAAAUUCACAAAGUGCCCAGGAUGGGUGUGCGCCUCACACUCAUUUUUGUUCCCACUUGAGAAGGCUUCUUUCCCUAGAGAAUGCUGCUUCUCCGGGCUUAGCCAAGCCCAAGCACCAGUAAGGAAAGAGCGCAGCCUGGCUGCCUUGCCCUGACAUUGCAGUGGCGCCAGGGGCAGCUCCUUUCUGUUUGUGACACCUUGGGAGUGGUAAUAGUCGCCCUAUGACAAGAUUGUGUGAGUAUUUGUGGGUGGGGACAGUUCUGGGAUUAGGUUCUGAAAUGGAGAAAACAAGAUCUGGGCCUCCCCCUUCGCCGCCUCCUCCCAAUCUAGAAUAAUGGAGAGCUCAUGUGUGAAGGACUCAAAAUAAUUUUCUUAAAACUCAGAAGGUGAUAGUAGAUGAGGAAGCUGAGGGUAAAAAUCAGCAAUUCAUUCCAAAUAGAAGCAGCAGCUUUUAGUGAUAUAAUCAGAUGUCUAGGAGUUGCAUUUUACUUCUUGGAGAAUUCAGUCACCAUGCAGAUGAACCUUAUAUCAGUCAGGUUUGGUGAGAUUAUGAUGUGGUAACAAUGCCAAAAUUUCAGUGCCCUGAAACCUAAAGCCCCAAAGGUUUAGGGAGUCUGGCAGGGUACUCUGAACAUUGUAAGUUACGCAGGUACCCAAGCCCAUGGAGCACUACCAUUUUGAGAUCCUACCAUGACACCAUGAGACUAAUACCCCUCACCACCACCAGCUUGCCCAGUUGUGAAGUAAGCAUGAAGAAUUGUUCAUAGACUUUUAAAUGUUUCUGCCUCAGAGGGAUACAUAUCACUUCUGCUCACACUUCAUUGGCCAAAGCAAGCCAUAUAGCCAUAUCCAACUUCAAGAUGGCCAGAAGGGCAAUCUUUACAUAUGCCUGGAAGGGGAAGGGAAGCAGAAAUACUUCAUUAAAGGAAGAGGAGGUAGCCAUUUGCAGUGAUUUGUUGAACAGCUUAGCAGUUGGUAUUCAUCUGUUCCAGCAGUUAUGCGCAUAUCUACUUUGGUUUUGUUCUUUGGUUUUGUUCCACUAAAUGAAGUUCUCAAUAGAAACUCCCCCCCCCUCCCCCAGGAUAAUGGUAAGACUGGGAGACAGGAAAUUUGAUGUGUAAGUUUGGGCAAGUCAGACCUCUAUGAACUACAUUUUGCUUAAAUGGAGGUUAUAGUAUUUACCCUCAACCUAACUGGAGGACCAAGGCUCAAAUAAAAUUACACAUGAAAAAAAAAAAAAAACUUUAAAACUGUUAAACACUUUGGAGGUUUUUCCGAUAGGGAAGAGGAGUGAAGCAGAUUAGGUAUGAGUUAAUAGGGAGUCAUAGGAACUAUGGAAAACUAGAGGAGCCCACAUUCUAUUUAAAGACUUUAACCCAAUUCUACCCAAUUAUUCCCAUGUGGGACUGGGGGCUUGGUAUUGCCAUUGUUCCAAUUUUCCUAUAAAGGUCAGAAAUUCUGACUUUUUAAAUGUGAAUCAUCUGAUUUUAAAAUGCUGAGGCAGUUCCUUUUGUAUAUGAACCUGACUGAUAUCCAUGAGGAUGUGGGUUCGAUCUCUGGCCUUUUUGUUCAUUGGGUUAAGGAUCCAUCGUUGCCUUGAGCUGUGGUAUAGGUCAAAAAUGCGGCUUGGAUCUCACGUGGCUGUGGUAUAGGUUGGCAGCUGCAGCUCCAAUUGUUGACUCCUAGCCUGGGAACUUGCAUAUGUCGGAGGUGCAGCUCUAAAAAAA